ACUAGCAUACGUUGGUCAAUGAAAGAUACAGGAGUCUGAACCCCUUCAACUGAUUACAGAUUUAAGCAAAGCUCAAAAGCUUGUUGAAUUGAUGGCAGCCACAGACAGGAAUGUUUCAUUUGUGUCCUGGCUUAAUGGCUCAACACGCGGGUCAAAGUCUUACCUAGAUCGCCUGCUAUAUCGACUUAAUCUUACUUUAUAUAGUUUAGAGCAGAGCCCUCCUCAACUGGUGGACGCCUGGCUGGUUCCCCUCUUCUUUGCCCUCAUCAUGCUUGUGGGACUUGUUGGGAACUCAUUGGUGAUAUAUGUCAUAAACAAACACAAACAGAUGAAGACAGUCACUAACUUCUACAUCGCCAAUCUUGCUACUACCGAUAUCAUCUUCCUUGUAUGCUGUGUACCUUUUACUGCCACCCUCUACUCGUUGCCUAGCUGGGUGUUUGGUGAUUUCAUGUGCAGAUGUGUGAAUUAUCUGCAGCAGGUAACUGCGCAGGCAACCUGUAUUACCCUCACAGCUAUGAGUGUUGACCGUUGUUAUGUAACAGUAUGCCCUCUACAAUCACUGCGUUACCGGACACCCCGCCUGGCCAUGACUGUCAGUCUUGGCAUUUGGAUAGGUUCCUUUUUACUGUCUAUUCCGUUUGCUAUGUACCAAAAUGUAAGCACUGGAUACUGGUAUGGACCACAGACAUUUUGCACUGAAGCUUUUCCUACGGUCAUCCAUCAGAAAGCCUUCAUACUAUACACAUUUCUUGCUGUGUAUCUUUUGCCUCUGAUCACAAUUAUUGUCUGUUAUGCAUUCAUGCUAAAACGAAUGGGCAGACCUGUGGUAGAACCCACUGAUAACAAUCACCAGGUUCAUCUCUUGGCACAGAGAUCCAACAGUGUCCGAGCAAGGGUCUCAAAGAUGGUUGUCGUGGUUGUUUUACUUUUCACUAUAUGCUGGGGUCCAGUGCAGCUCUUCAUUUUGUUCCAGGCUUUUGAUUCAGGUUUUGAGAAAAGUUAUGAGACAUAUAAACUUAAAAUAUUUGCUCACUGCAUGUCCUAUUCCAACUCUUCUGUUAACCCAAUAGUCUAUGCCUUUAUGGGAAGUAACUUUAGGAAUUCAUUCAAAAAAGUAUUUCCUUUCAUAUUUAAACAGAGAGUUGAGCCCUCCACGAGAGCAGCUGAUAAUGCCGAGCUGCAGUUAGAAAGCUAG